AUGUCGCUGCCGAAGUACAAGGUGGUCCUGGUCGGCGACCAGUCCGUCGGAAAAACCGCGGUAGUAGUGCGAUAUCUGAAAAACACGUUCGAAGAAAAGGCGGAGGCAACUAUCGGCAUGGACUUCCAGACCAAGACUGUGCAGCUGUUGAGUGGUAGUCAGAUACGUCUUCAGCUUUGGGACACGGCGGGCCAGGAGAGGUUUCGCAGCUUGGUCAACGGCUACAUCCGUGAUGCAGCUGCAGCUGUUGUUUGUUACGACGUGACCAAUCGCCAGUCCUUCGACAGCACCACGCAAUGGAUCGAGGAAGUUCGGCAGUCCCGCGGUGACGAUGUCCUUGUUUAUCUGGUAGGCAACAAGGUGGACCUCGCGGAGAGUCGCCAGGUCUCGCGUGCAGAAGGCGAGGCAAAGGCAGCAGAGGUCAAGGGGCGAUUUGCCGAAACAAGCGCACGGUCAGGGGACAAUGUCCAAGAGCUCUUCAAGCAAUUGGGAGAGGCCCUGGCACAGCGCGGGGAUGUCGGAGGGACGGCCGCGAGUCAAGUCAAGGAGAAGCUGCAACUUGGCGGGCAAGAGCAGGUCGACAAGAAAAACAAGGCCUGUGCCUGUUAG